CUAGGAACAACUCAAAUUAUGGUAUCCUAUGUACAAUUACCAUUAAUUAAUUAUGAUUUAAUUAAUUAACAAAUUAUCCAGACCGCCGCGCCUUUGAAUUUCUUCAUUUAUGGGCUUUCCACAUUCUUAAUUCCACACGCCUUUCCCCUGUUCCUGUCUCUCCCCCCUUUCUCCAUUUCCUCUUCUUAUAAAUACCAUUCUCUCAUUUCAUUUCCAAUUCAAAACAGCUUCCCUAAAGUUGUUGAUUAAUUCAAAAUUUAUACUCCCAAUUUUCAAAUUUCAAAGUUUUUCAUUUCGUUUAGUUUUUAUGAGAAAAUGGUUGAUUUAGAUUGGAAGACAAAGAUGAUCUCCUCCGAUAUCCCUAGCAAAUCACCCAAGCUUUCAAACAAGCUUCAAAUAUCGAUACCCAAUAGUACUCCCCCGGCCGUUCGUGUUGCCGACCUUUCGCCGGCUUCUGAGUCGGCUUGCUCGGCGUACGAGCACUAUCUCCGGCUUCCUGAGUUGAGAAAGCUCUGGAGUUCACGGGACUUUCCCAGCUGGAAAAACGAGCCGGUACUGAAACCCGCUUUGCAAGGUUUGGAGAUUACGUUCCGGUUCAUUUCGGCCGUUCUUUCCGACCCAAGACCGUAUGCCAACCGGAGAGAAUGGAAACGGAGACUUGAGUCUCUUGCCACCAGUCAAGUCGAGAUUAUUGCUAUGUUGUGCGAGGAAGGCGAAGAAGACGCCGAGACGCGUGGAACGGCGCCGAUCGUUGACCUAAGUUCAAGCUCCGGCGUUCUGACGCGGGAACACAGCUCCGCGGAGGUGUGGAAGAUGACCGGAGAUACGACGGUGGUGAGUCAAGUCAGCGAGGCUAGCUUGUUGCCUAGGCUUGCCGCGUGGCAGAAGUCGGAAGACGUCGCCGAGAGAAUUCUAUAUUCAAUUGAAUGUGAGAUGCGGCGGUGUCAAUACACAUUAGGCCUUGGGGAACCAAAUCUCGCCGGAAAGCCGAGCUUGGACUACGAUAAGCUCUGCAAUCCGGUUGAGCUUCAUGCCUUAAAGAAAAGCCCAUCAGAUCAAAUGAAUCUCCAUAAUUCUGAAAACCAGACGCUCUACGCCAUCCAUCAGAUCCUGGAGUCAUGGAUCUUCACGUCCGGGCAACUGUUGAAAAGAAUCGCGGAUCAAAUCGAGCGAAAAGCAUUCGAAAAUGCGUCCUCCAAUUGCUGGCUACUGGAGAAGAUUUGGAAGCUUUUGAGCGAAAUAGAAGAUCUUCAUCUACUGAUGGACCCGAAUGAUUUUCUCCGUUUGAAGAACCAGCUGUCGAUCAAAGCAACGUCGGAGAGCGAUUUGUUCUGUUUCCGGUCGAGGGGGCUAAUUGAAAUUACGAAACUCUCUAAGGAUCUGAGGCAUAAAGUGCCAUCCAUUUUGGAUGUAGAAGUGGACCCCAAGGGUGGACCAAGGAUACAAGAGGCGGCAAUGGAGUUGUACAAGAAGAGGAGCGGCGGUGGUUACGACCGGAUUCACCUGCUUCAGGCGUUGCAGGCGGUGGAGACGGCGGUGAAGAAGUUCUAUUAUUCGUACAAGCAGUUGUUAGUGGUGGUUAUGGGCAGUGUUGAGGCUCGGGGGAGCAGGGCCUUCGUUGGUGUUGACUCUGGGGAUGCAUUGGCCCAAAUCUUUCUUGAGCCCACCUAUUUUCCAAGCUUGGAUGCGGCCAAGACUUUCUUGGGGGAUUAUUGGAGCCAUGAAACCCGGAGUUAUAGCCCUGAGAGACGGACCAAGUGAUUGUUUAUAAUUGGAAACUAAAGAUUAUUUGUUCAUUGAUUGAUUGUAAUUUUGUACUAUUUGAUGAUUAAUGUAACAUAACGAUACCCAUUCUUGUAGCUAAGACCUCAAAUGUGAAAUUUUGAUACCUGUUGUUAAGGAUUAAUUACGGUAAUUAUAAACAAAAUAACAAAUGGCUCAAUGUUUCGAACGAUGUUAGAAAAUAAAAGUCAAGAAGCUAUUCAACAUAAGCAUAGGUUUUCUCCUUGCAGAAACUAUUUGUGCACUGGUCAGGAGAAAGAAACAACAAAGCUAUUUAAGGUCUCAACUCCAUGCCUUAAGGCAAUGUGGGCUUUAACGAAUAUACCAACAGGAGGAAACUUUGGGCGGAAACCCAAAUACAAAUUUUGUAAAAGAAAAUGGAAAAGAGAAAAGAAAAGAAAGGAGAUAAACGUCAGUCACAUUGGUAUUUUUCUCAUGAUCGGUUGCGCCAUUAUACCAUUUUAAAAUGUC